UGAAGCGCCCGUGCUGGCUUAUGAUUGGUGGAGAGUUGCUGUCGGUCAGAGCUGUCUAGUCCCCUUCGCUAUUUUCCGUCGCGGUCAGGCUGGGGGAUGCUCUGCUGCCGCCUCUGUAGUGUCCGCGGAGGAGCCGCCGCCGCUACCACCACCAGCCGUGACCUCUCCGGCAGUCAUCUCGGGAACCGGAGGGAGGUUGCUGGAUGUGGCCAGGCCUCGGACUAAACCUCGAUGUGGCGGUGAAGCAGGAGCCGCAUUUCACUGCCGAGGGCGGCGGAGGAGUGUAACUGGAGACCGGGGUCCGGGCCGAGCAGUGUUCAGGAAAUAUGUGUGUCUCGGAUGGGAGAGUGACGGCAUCUAAUACACCUAUGGGCUUAUUCCAGCACUGAGGGUGGAUUUGCACUAGAAAAGAAGAUCUCCACUGUUCCUGACUUGCACUUGUCAUCUCGUUGCCUUGGAGCCAUAAAACUCAUCACACUCCAGCACAGAAACAUUUCAGCACUUGGGAAUGAGCGGACAAACACAAAUGUGUUAACGGUCACAUUUCUUUCCAGUGGAUAACUUCAUAAAUAUUCUGCAAUGGAUAAUAUAAUGAAGAAAUAAUUACGGUGAGCAGAUCAAUGGAUAAAGUUGGGAAAAUGUGGAAUACAUUCAAAUAUCGGUGUCAGAAUCUCUUUAGCCACGAUGAUGAUGGGAACCAAACCAACAUGGUGGAUGUCAAUGCAAACAGGUGUUUGAGUGAUGGAGAGAAAGCAGAAUCUUCUGCUGGUCAGGACCCCAUGCAAUCAGUUAGUCAUUUGCAGGGGAACAUUUCUUCUGAACGAAGCAUGAGUCCCUGCAGUAGCUCCAAUAGGAGGAAUCCAAAUUGCGUAUCUGAAAUGCCACAACUAGUUGAAAUUAGUAUUGACAGUGAGGUGGGACUUGGCACUGGUGCCCGUCUGGCACGCAGGGACUCCUAUACCCGCCAUGCCCCGUGGGGAGGGAAAAAGAAACAUUCAUGCUCUACCAAAACUCAAAACUCUCUUGAUUUGGAAAAAAAGAUUGGUAGGCAAAGGAGUGGACUUCAAAGGAGGGAGAGAAGACACGUGGUAGGAUCCGUUCAUGAUAUGGAAGCGGUGUCCAGCAGGGCUAUAGGAAAUCACGGUUUACGACAAAGACUGAAUGAGACUGUGGGAUUGUGCUUUCCUAUUAGAGCGUAUAACAGGCCAUCAAAGCCACUCUUCACUACUAAGAGGAAGAUUCAUCUCUCAGAGCUAAUGCUUGAAAAAUGCCCCUUCCCUGCUGGGUCAGACCUCGCCCAGAAAUGGCACCUUAUUAAACAGCAUACUGCCCCAGUGAGCCCCCACUCGAGCAUAUUGGAAACAUUUGAGCAAUCCUUGCUUUCAACAGAAGAUGAAGAAGAUAGAUUACGUGAGAGGCGUAGACUUAGCAUCGAAGAAGGUGUAGAUCCUCCCCCAAAUGCCCAAAUCCACACAUUUGAAGCUACAGCACAAGUCAACCCUGUAUAUAAGCUCGGACCAAAACUUGCUCCUGGCAUGGCUGACGUGGCAGGGGACAGUGGUGCAGCAUCACAAGUUGCGUGCGAGUCUGAAGAAGAUGGCCCAACUCUUUGUCUGCAGUCACGUCGCCAGAAGCAACGGCAGUUUUCAGGAGACAGCCAUAUGCAGACCAGUAGACAGGGAGCCUGGAAAGUCCACACACAGAUCGAUUAUAUUCACUGCCUUGUGCCAGAUCUGGUAGAGAUCACAAGCAAUCCCUGUUACUGGGGCGUCAUGGAUCGCUACGAGGCAGAAGCAUUGUUGGAGGGCCGGCCAGAAGGCACAUUUUUGCUCAGGGAUUCUGCACAAGAGGACUACCUAUUCUCUGUGAGCUUCCGCCGCUACAACAGAUCUCUGCAUGCACGCAUUGAGCAGUGGAACCAUAACUUCAGCUUUGAUGCUCAUGAUCCCUGUGUGUUUCACUCCUCCACUGUUACAGGACUCUUAGAACACUAUAAAGAUCCCAGCUCUUGCAUGUUUUUCGAACCCUUGCUUACAGUACCUUUAAAUAGAACACUUCCUUUUAGCCUGCAGUACAUCUGCCGGGCAGUCAUCUGCAGGUCUACCACAUACGAUGGAAUUGAUUUACUUCCUCUGCCAUCCAUGUUACAAGACUUCCUUAAGGAAUAUCAUUAUAAGCAAAAAGUCAGGGUGCGGUGGCUAGAGAGGGAGCCAAUGAAGUCUAAAUAGAAGAAAUAUAAAUAUAUAUAUAUAUUCUCCAACAAAACAUUUCUGUUCUCCUAUCUCUACCUUCCGAAAUAUCACCUCAUAGACUUAGGAUAUGCGCAAUGUAUAUCAGAUAACAAAGCACAUAGAAUUAAUAUAGUAUGGCACUUCAAGCUUUAAGUGUAUCCGUAAACUGUAAUAUGCCUGUUAUGGAAAAAAAAAAUUGUGCAUUGUUUGGGACUAUUGAGCAGCACCUUUUAAACUGCAUGUUCUUAUGAUUGCUGACCCUAAUUGUACUAAUGCUUGUAUUUCCUUCAUUUCAUUCUAAAGUGGGGUGUCCGUGCUUUGUUCCUUUUUUUCCCCCUUUGUUUUGUUUCUGCAAAUAUGUGUAAUACUUUUACUUUAAGAUCCUGUUAAGUGAAUGCUAAAUAUUUCCCACUACAUGGAAUCUCAGAUUUCCUAUGAAACACUAGGUAGAUGGCAUGUCUUGGCAGUCCUGUUGAGAAUAAAUUUGAUGCCUUUUUUUAUGCUUAGGUUCACAAGAGAAUGACUUCAGUAUAGCUGGUGGUAAGAGAAUUGGUCAAAUAUUGGGGCAGAUGUAUUAAUCCUGGAGAAAUGAUAAAGCAGUGAUGAGUGCAAUUUGAUAACACACCAGCCAAUCAGCUCCAAUAUGUAAAUCAACAGUUAGCGCACUAGCCAGUCAGCUCCUAUCACCUUGCACUUAUCACUGCUUAAUACAUCUGCUCCACUGUGUUCAUUCAAGCUAUGAAAUUGUUGAAUAUGCUCAGUUAUGCGGAUUACUGAGGAUUAAAUGGCGCCUAAACCAAAAACACAAGUUGCCUUUUAUGUAAAAUGUCUACUAAUAGUGUUCACAAAUACAUAUAUAUAAAUUUUCGCAAGCAAAGAUAGUUUAUACAGUUAGGAUUGCGAGGGGAUUUAUUAUUGUUUUGGGUGUGUGUUAUGCACAACAGGUUUCCUGUCGGCUAAUGCCAUUGAAUUACACUGUUCAGCCUUUCUCUGUGGACAGUGAUUUCCAUUCUGCUGCACAGUAAAUAAAAAUUCACCCACUCAAGGGGGUAAAUUUACUAAGGUGGGAGUUUUUUAGAACUGGUGGUGUUGCCUAUAGCAACCAAUCAGAUUCUAUCUAUUAUUUUCUAGAAGCAGCUUGAUAAAUGUUAAGUAGAAUCUGAUUGGUUGCUAUGGGCAACAUCACUAGUUCUAAAAAAAAACUCCCACCUUAGUAAAUUUACCCCUAGGUAUGGAGUUUUAGACCAUGUAUUUGUGACUGAUGUUAGUCGCUCUUUUAUAUAAGGUAACACUUUAAAUAAUAAUUUUUGAUGGAAGUUUUGACAGUUACCCCUCCCCCCCCCCAAAAUAGAUUUACUGUUGUAAUUAUGAAGAUCAUUUGGUGCAAUGAGGCAGUCCAUGCUGAACAUUACGGAUGUCCCACAUUGAAAUAACAUUGUAAUUUAACCCUCCUCUUAAGAUACAUGAAAAAAGUAACUAUAGUGGCAUUGUAUUAUAGGAAAUGGCAAUAUGGAUGGAAAACAAUUGUCUUCUGGGUGCAGCAGUGUAAAUUGUGAUGUACAUCUGGAACUGCUGUAGUUACUGUCACAAGUCUGGUCUUUACACCAGCUCUUGUUUCAUUUUUUAUCUUUUCACAUUUAGCCAAGAUUUGAAAAGUCUUUAAUAAUGUGGAAUAGUGCAAGAAUCUGUCAGUGUUCUGCUAUUACAUUGUCAUCCCAUGCAGCAGGUUAUGUGUUGUGUAAGCCUGUUGUGCUUUGAAAAAUAAAUGCAGUAUUUUUUGUUAAAGGUCAGUGAUUAAUCUCCAUUGUAGCCGCAGUAUCUCAACUUCGGACUAUAUGGGGUCAAUCCGAUCACGUGAUGUCUUCUUGGGUGCGAGCUGUAUCCUGCACUUACGGUACCACGACUUGGAUUUUUGUUCACCGCCCCAUAGGGAGUCAGACUCUAGAAGGGGCUGUGAGGAGUACGAGUUUGGGUGCUGUUGCCACCGUUAACAAUGGCAACUCGCACCCUUCGCUGGGUAAUUGGAUCGACUCCUAAACUGUAAGGAGGAUGUAUUGGAGACAUUAUACCCGAACUAGGUCAAAAGCCGCUGUAGAGCUUCAGAUUGCUAAAUAGGACCAGCCUCUACACAGAGGCAUUUACCUGGCUGGAUCAACAACUGCUUCAUACCCCAGUGAUGUCACUAAUGUAUUGAGGGGGCCAGUACUGGUGCAGCCCACUAAAUGGCAGUCUGUCCACAGCAUAGUCUUUAAUUAAGCUGUAUAUUAGGGGGAAAUCCAUCAAACCACCUUCUAAAUACUGGACAAGUUCCCCAUUGCAGCCCACAACUUCUAACCGUUUUAUAGAAUGUGCUUGAUAAAUGCCAUCUAGAGUCUGGUUGCUAUGGUCAGCUUCUCCACUUGUCCACUCUUGAAGAUUUGAUACAUCUCUUGUCAGUGUUUCCAUGCAAGGCCUUAUCCUGUUGGGUUCCUGUAGUGUGCUGAUGUGGGAUUUCAUGGUAUUCAUCAUAAGGGGUGUGGAUCAUAGGGUCAACAGUCAUUAGGUCGACCACUAUUGGUCGACAGUGACUAGGUCGGCACCUGAAAUAGGUCGACAUGAGUUUUUUACAUUUUUUUGGUGUAGUUUUUCUUCGUAAAGUGACCGGGAACCCAAAUUAGUGCACAGUGUUCCCUCACAAGGCUGCUUCGGGUAAGGCUACUAUUCCCAAUCAUAGUCCACGUGGAUUGUAAAGUAUGAAAAAGUUAAAGAAAAAAAUGCAAAUCUCUGGUCGACCUUUUCAUGUAUUUACCUAGUGACCAUGUCGACCUAAUGCAUGUCGACCAAUAGUGGUCCACCUAAUGAGUGUCGACCUAAAGUCCGGAUCCCCAUCAUAAGUAAUUAUAUUUUUCUAUAGCCAUAAAAUUAACAUCUAGUAAAAACCAAAUUUGUUCCAAAACUUUCUUGCGAGGACCGCACACGGAUGCUUUCAUGCACAUAUGGGUUCUUGCGGUUAGCGGUGUUCCAGAAAAGCAAGCACAGCACAUUAUAAUGGCUAUUGGUAUCAAUGUGUGUGGAGGGGCGUUUCUCUGUGGGUUAAUGAUCCUUAUGCUAAGGUACACAGGGGCAGAUGUACUAAGCUGUGGAGAGUGAUAAAAGUACCCAUCAAUCUGUUCCUGUCAUUUGUCAUACACAGCCUGUAACCAAGGCAGUUAGGAGCUGAUUGGCUGGUAAGUUAUCUCUCUCCACUUAAUUAUUAUUAUCCUUUAUUUAUAUGGCCCCACAAGGGUUCCGCAGCGCCCAAUUACAGAGUACAUAAAUAAUCAAACUGGAAAACAGCAACUUACAGUUGAUGACAGUACAUUACUUUCUAAAGCGUACUAUAUCCCGCGCCCGUAUGGAGCAGUUGUCCGUUGUUGGAAUGCACAGUGAUCUCUUGUACAGUGAUCUGUAGCAUUAUGGAAAGUACCUGUGGUAGGAGUCUGGUUUGUAUAGUAUGAAUGUGUGUAUGUAUAAAAUUACUUGUGUGUAUGUAAAUAGUACUGUAGUUGUGAGAUACUAUUUUGUGUGUUCAUUCUAAGAAUAAUGGAUUUUUUUUCCCCAUAGACUCCAAAUGCUCAGUUCGAAUAACAAGUAAAUUAAUAAGCAAACACACCGAAAUGCUUGCAUGCUGCUUACCAUGCAUCUGCUAUUAUCGGUGAGCAUCACUGAGGGCGGAGGUUACUUACAAUGACUCAGAAAAUGAGCUUACCAUAAUAAACAGUUUCUAAGAAA